UUCGGUUUCUCCCCUCCCCGUAUACUUCGAGAUAGUCGACUGUUUUGUUUGCCCACGCCGGAUGCUGCCAGUUGAUUCAGCUCAUAACUGCUUCAUUUGAGCCGUCCUCGACAGAUCCGGAGAACCCUGGCUAGGGUUUAGGAGCUCCUUUCUCAGCAUCAAUCCAAUCGUAGCUUAUUCGGACUGUGGAAAGUGGUAUUUUACAUUGAUCCCCCGACCCUUGCGGCAAGAUUUUGGAUAUUGCACUAUUGACUUGGAAUAGAGUAGUACGGAGAAGAUCAUAUGAAAUCGUCGGCGGCAGCAGUCUUCUUCAUUUGUCUGCUCCUCUCGGACUGCCUUCACAGUAUCCAUGGAGAAGAAAUCAAGAAGAACAAGUUUCGGGAGCGGGAGGCCAGUGACGACGCCGCCGGCUACCCGGAACUGGAUGAAGAUGCGUUGUUGAAUACACAAUGCCCUAGGAAUUUAGAGCUGAGAUGGCAAACGGAAGUCAGCUCUAGCAUUUACGCUACCCCCUUGAUUGCUGAUAUCAACAGUGACGGGAAGCUAGACGUGGUCGUUCCAUCUUUUCUGCACUAUCUAGAAGUUCUUGAAGGUUCUGAUGGGGACAAAAUGCCUGGCUGGCCUGCAUUCCACCAGUCUACUGUUCAUGCUAGUCCUCUCCUAUAUGACAUUGACAAAGAUGGCGUCAGAGAAAUUGCUCUGGCUACAUACAACGGGGUGGUGAUGUUUUUCAGGGUUUCAGGCUACAUGAUGACGGAGAAACUGGAGAUACCUCGUAGAAGAGUUAAAAAAGAUUGGUAUGUUGGCCUGAAACAAGACCCUGUGGAUCGUUCUCAUCCUGAUGUCCAUGAUGAUGAACUUAUCAGGGAUGCGGCUGAGAAGAAUUCAGUGUCCAAAACAACUGGAGGUACUCAUGAAAACACGCCUGAUACAACCACUCCAGUUACUAAAUCAGCAGAAAACCAACCUCCAAGAAAUGAAAGUGUAUCUGUAGCAAACACGACGGUUACUAGUUCAGAGGCCAAUAAUCCUAAAGCUGAAGGAAGUACUCUUGGACAAGCAAAUGGUACAGAAUCGUUAACUGUGGAGACGAACCCUCCUGCAAAUGGGAGUGCAUUGGAUGCAAACAAUACUGUCCCUAUAUCAAUUGCAAACAACCUUCAAGCUAAUACAUCCAAUCAGGAGACUGUACGUGUAAUGAUUGCCGAAUCAGUCUUCAAAAUGCCUAUAAGGCCAGAUAAUAAUUCUGGGAAUGCUGAGGCUACAAGAUCGGGCGAUGCAGAUAAUAAAACAAGCUCUGGGCGGCGUCUUCUCGAAGAUAAUGAUUCAAAGGUUUCAGAUUCAGGGAAUGGAAAGAAUACUAGUGAUGACCUUCAUGUGGCAACUGUGGAGAAUGAUGAAGGGUUGGAAGCAGAUGCUGAUUCGUCAUUUGAGUUGUUCCGUGACACUGAUGAGCUGGCUGAUGAAUACAAUUACGACUAUGAUGAUUAUGUUGAUGAAUCUAUGUGGGGAGAUGAGGAGUGGAGUGAAGGACAACAUGAGAAACUAGAAGACUAUGUCAAUGUUGAUGCCCAUAUAUUGUCCACUCCUGUUAUAGCAGACAUUGAUAAGGAUGGGGUUUCAGAGAUGAUUGUUGCAGUGUCGUAUUUCUUUGAUCAUGAGUACUAUGACAAUCCAGAGCAUUUAAAGGAACUAGGAGGGAUUGAUAUUGCAAAGUAUGUUGCUGGCUCAAUAGUGGUUUUUAAUCUUGACACAAAGCAAAUUAAGUGGACAAGAGAACUAGAUUUAAGUACAGAUAGUGCCGACUUCCGUGCAUAUAUAUAUUCCACACCUACUGUAGCUGAUCUGGAUGGCGAUGGCUAUCUGGACAUUCUCGUUGGAACUUCAUUUGGCUUGUUUUACAUCCUGGAUCACCGCGGAAACGUUAGAGAAAAGUUUCCACUUGAAAUGGCGGAAAUUCAAGGAGGAUUAGUUGCUGCUGAUAUAAAUGAUGAUGGUAAAAUUGAACUGGUGACCACUGACACACAUGGAAAUAUUGCUGCAUGGACUCCCCAAGGAGUAGAGAUUUGGGAGAUUCAUCUCAAGAGUCUUGUUUCCCAGCAACCAACUGUAGGCGAUGUCGAUGGUGAUGGGCACACUGAUGUGGUGGUUCCAACACUCUCAGGAAACAUAUAUGUCCUUAGUGGCAAAGAUGGUUCAAUGGUCCGCCCUUACCCAUACAGAACUCAUGGGAGAGUGACCAAUCAAGUCCUUCUCAUUGAUCUUAGUAAACGAGGGGAGAAAAGCAGAGGGCUUAGUUUAGUGACCACCUCAUUUGACGGUUACUUGUAUCUUAUAGAUGGACCUACCUCCUGUGCGGACGUUGUUGACAUUGGAGAAACUUCGUAUAGCAUGGUUUUGGCUGACAAUGUAGAUGGUGGAGAUGAUCUGGACCUGAUCGUCACAACCAUGAACGGGAAUGUGUUUUGCUUCUCCACUCCAUCUCCACAUCAUCCCCUGAAGGCCUGGAGAUCUCCUAAUCAAGGACGGAACAAUCUGGCCAACCGCUACAAUCGUGAAGGGGUCUUCAUCUCACAUUCUUCGAGAGCUUUCCGGGACGAAGAAGGAAAGAGCUUCUGGGUGGAGAUCGAGAUAGUAGAUAAACACAGGUUUCCCUCUGGAUCUCAAGCACCCUACAAUAUCACUACAACACUAUUAGUUCCAGGCAACUAUCAAGGUGACAGAAGGAUAACACAAUCUCAGAUCUAUGACCAACCCGGGAAGUACCGUAUAAAGCUUCCUACAGUUGGAGUCAGGACGACCGGAACAGUGGUGGUGGAGAUGGUGGACAAGAACGGACUAUAUUUCACCGACGACUUCUCUCUGACUUUCCAUAUGUAUUACUACAGAAUGCUGAAAUGGCUGGUCGUCCUCCCAAUGCUUGGCAUGUUUGGCAUUCUGGUCAUUCUUCGUCCCCAGGAAGCUAGGCCUUUGCCCUCUUUCUCUCGGAAUACCGACCUAUGAGUGGGGAGAUAUCAUUUAUACGGCAUCAAAGUCGGUCUGUCAACUAGUUGAAAAGGGCACUGAAUCUCGGGUCAAGAGGUCUGUGAAUCGGCUGAAAUGAAGUUAUUCUAGGUAACAUGGAAGAGAAGGGUUUUGAAGAUGGAAAACCGAGAGAAAGCUUGAAACAUGACAACUUUGGGGGUCAUUGGAUUAGAGUUUUUGAUUGAGGACUGAACAAUGAACAUUGUAACAUAGUACUCUUGGAUUCGAUGGCAUAGGUUGGAUUUCGAAUUUUUUUUUUUUUUUUUGUAUCAAAAGAAUACUGGGAAAGGGUUAGAUAGAGGAGAAAACUAUUGGAAUCACAUUUAUACGGAGACCGAUGUUUUAAUCUAUACCUUCGACUUCCAAGUCUAGCAACGCGCGGCGCGCGGGAACUGGGGGUGAAAGUUCACUUCAGUCCUGACGAACGGCUGUUUGUAUGUUUACCGAAUCCAGAGAUCUUGUGUUCGAAUUUA